CUAAUAUUUUUUCUUACCCUGUAUCUGUAUCCAAUUCAGUAGUAAUUAUCUUGCUUCUCAAUCAAUCCUUCUUCUUCUUUCUCCGGAAACAGAAUCUCCGUUCUUCUCUGGAUUUCAACACUCUAACAUGUCUUGCUACAAAGGAAAAUACCAUGAUGAGCUAAUUGCCAAUGCUGCCUACAUUGGUACUCCUGGAAAGGGUAUUCUUGCUGCUGAUGAAUCCACUGGAACGAUUGGCAAGCGCCUCUCUAGCAUCAACGUUGAGAAUGUCGAAUCAAACAGGCGUGCUCUUCGUGAACUUUUAUUCUGCACUCCUGGUGCUCUUCAAUACCUAAGUGGUGUUAUUCUUUUUGAAGAAACUCUGUACCAGAAAACUGCUGCUGGUAAGCUUUUUGUCGAUGUCAUGAAGGAAAAAGGAGUCCUUCCUGGAAUUAAAGUUGACAAGGGUACCGUUGAGCUUGCUGGGACCAAUGGUGAAACCACAACUCAGGGUCUCGAUGGCCUUGCCCAACGUUGCCAACAAUACUACAAUGCUGGAGCUCGAUUUGCCAAGUGGCGUGCUGUUCUCAAGAUUGGCCCCACUGAGCCAUCUCAAUUGGCCAUCAAUGAGAACGCUAAUGGAUUAGCCAGGUAUGCUAUCAUCUGCCAGGAGAACGGUUUGGUUCCAGUUGUUGAACCAGAAAUUCUUGUUGAUGGUACUCAUGAUAUUGAUCGAUGUGCUGAUGUGACCGAGCGUGUUCUUGCUGCCUGCUACAAGGCUCUAAACGACCACCAUGUCCUCCUUGAAGGAACCCUAUUGAAGCCUAACAUGGUUACUCCUGGUUCUGAAUCGAAGAAGGUUUCCCCUGAUGUUAUUGCUGAGUACACUGUUCGUGCUCUUCAGCGAACAAUGCCACCCGCUGUUCCAGCAGUUGUCUUCUUAUCUGGUGGACAGAGUGAGGAGGAAGCUACACUAAAUCUCAAUGCAAUGAACAAGCUUAAGACCAAGAAGCCAUGGUCACUCUCUUUCUCUUUUGGUCGUGCUCUGCAACAGAGUACUUUGAAGACAUGGUCUGGCAAAGAGGAGAAUGUUGAGAAGGCACAGGCUGCGUUCUUGGCCAGGUGCAAGGCUAACUCUGAAGCUACUCUAGGUACAUAUAAGGGUGAUGCUGCUAAGGUUGAAGGUGCAUCUGAGAGCCUUCAUGUUAAGGAUUACAAGUACUGAUUGACCUGAGUUUUUCUGUUUCUCUCUGAAAUUUUUAUGAGGAGCGGGUAAUAGAAGGAAACUAGUAGCAAGUUCUUUUGUUUUGUCGUAGGAGGAUAUAUGGAAAAUAAGUUGAGUUUGAACUUUGGUGAAGGGGCGUAGCAAGGUUAUUAGUUACGGUGAACUGUGUUUUUAUGGCUUGAAGUUUACUUUUUUCUUGUUUAGUAAUGGUGUUUGUGUUCCUGUCUUUGUUUAUAUUUUUGUCCUUCAUCUUUCUUGCUUGAUCUUGUUUCUCAACCUCUUCUUUUGUUCAUGCUUUUAUUUAUGAUCCAAAGGUUUUCUAA